AUGGCAGAUGACGGGGCCAUCCUCAAGGUCACCAGGGACCUGAAAGCUGCUGUCUCUGCCAUCCUCCAGGGCUAUGGGGAUGGGCAGGGGCCAGUGACAGAUGCCAGUGCUGAGUUGCACAGAUUCUGCGGCUGCCUGGAGCUGCUGUUGCAGUUUGACCGGAAAGAGCAAAAGAGCUUCCUGGGCCCUCCGAAGGAUUACUGGGACUUCCUCUGCACUGCCCUGCGGCGGCAGCGUGGGGACACGGAGCAGACUCGCUUCAUCUACUCGCAGGAGAAGCUGAAGACCCCUCUGGGCAGAGGCCGCGCCUUCAUCCGCUUCUGUCUGGCCCAUGGACAGCUGGCCGAGUCCCUGCAGCUCUGCCUCCUGAGCCCAGAGCUCAUCAGGGAAUGGUACGGCCCUCGGAGCCCUCUCUUGUGCCCUGAACUCCGGGAAGACAUCCUGGACUCUCUCUACAUGCUCAAUGGGGUGGCCUUUGACCUGGACCUGCAGCGGCCAGACCUGGAUGGUGCCUGGCCCAUGUUCUCAGAGUCCCGCUGCUCCAAUUCCAGCUGGACCCAGAGAAGAAGACCCAGAAAGACCAAAGAUUCCCCAAAGGUGAUCUUAGCAGCAUUGGGAGGCCCCAAAGGAGUCCAGCUGGAGAAGCCACUCACCACUCAAGCCAGCUGUCUACAAGAUGCCCCCAGAGGAGGCCAACCGGCUGGACUUCCCAGGUCUCAGCAACACAGGCAUGUUCCCUCCUGUCUGGAAAAGCAGCUAAAAGAUUCCAGGAGCCUGGGUUUCCUCCAGGAGCAGGAGGAGCUUCAGCCAGACCUGGAGGAAGGAGCUCCGCGGCCCACCAAGAAAUUUCUAGAGAAGCCAAGAGCCAGCAUGAUGCCAAAGAAGGCGGGGGCCAAGGAGGUUCAGACGGAGGUGACAGGGAUGGCAGCUGGAGGCACAGGGAUUCUGCCAGGUGCAGAGGUUCAGAGAACAAAAGGGGUCCAUGGAGAAGAAACAGAGUGGGGUCCCACUCAGAGGUUGCUGGUCUUCGGCCCCAGAGUGAAGACGGAGGGAGCCCUAGCAGGGAGCAGGCUGGGGUGGGAGGAGCCUAACAUUCUGGGGGAGUUCUGGGUCCCCCAGGACCCCGGAACAAAGGAAGGCCCCACCACAGAAGAGCCACAAGAACAAAAAGGAGUGACUGGUAUGACCAGUGGGGAGGACCAAGCAGAGGAGCCCUUGCAGGACACAGUCAAGAACCUCAGACUUGGGCUUCAGAAGGCUGAAGAGCAGACCCAGCGCCAGGAGCAGCUACUGAAGGCACAGGAGGGGGAGCUGCAGGCCCUUCAGGAGCAGCUCAGCAGAUGUCAGGAGGAGAGAGCCCGGCUGCAGGCAGAGCUGGAGCAGAAGCACCAGGAGGCUGAGAGGAGGGACGCCCUGCACGAGGAGGAGCUCGGAGGGCAGCGGGACCUGGUCCAGGCCAUGAAGAUGAGGGUGCUGGAACUGAUUCAUGAGAAGGACCGCCAGUGGCAGAGGCUGCAGCAGCUCUCCUCUGUGGCUCCCGCCGUCUGCGUUGGCUGCAGCAAGGUCUUCAGCAGGCUGUCCCGGCGGUAUCCCUGCAGGCUCUGCGGAGGCCUGGUAUGUCAUGCCUGCUCUGCGGAUUACAAGAAGAAGGAGCGCUGCUGCCCACCGUGUGCCCAGGGAGGAGAAGCCCAGGUCACCUGA